AUGGAUAAUUUGAAACAAUGCAAAAAGGAAUCAAAUCAUGACAAUAACCUGCAUCCAUUUAAUUUAAGUUCAAGAGAUUCCUUGGUUCAUGGCGGGAAGUCGGAUAUAACCGGAGUAUCGGAAACAUCUAUUGUCGUGCCAGUUUCGCCGCCAUUAAGAGAAUUGCAGAACGAAUUAGUUAAAAUAAAAAAAAGCAACGGAGUAGAACGUCGGUCGAACAGGGAUAAUGAAGAUUCGGAAAUGACAAAUAUAACCUGGAAACCUUUGUUGCCGCGACCUCCGGCACCAUAUAUACCUUCAAGCAGGCUAAUACCAAUAACGCCACCUACAAAUUCUUUCACACCAGAAACACCAAGAAGUCCACCAGACUCUGGCACGCCUAUGUCGGUAUCCAUGGUACAACCUGACUUGAUGCCAAUGCUGUUGGAAGCGGCUGCCGAGGCAGCCCUCCGUGACAAGCGUCAAGAGCGAAUGGUCAAAAAUCGUGCUGCAGCAUAUGAAUCUCGUAAAAGGAAAAGAGAACAGGCUGAAAGAUUAACAGCAGAAAAUGAGGAAAUGAAGGAAAGAAUUAUUAAUUUAGAAGCGAGAAUUGCGGAAUUGACUAAGGAAAAUGAACGAUAUAAACAGUUACUUAUCGAAAAGAACAAAAGCGAUGACUAA